AUGGCCCCUUCUACUCCUACAUCUAACCCUUUCGCCGCCAUGAGGAACUUUGGUGGUAUGGUGUCGUCUGCUCUUUCCUUCGGCGACAGAUCUCGCCAAGUCUCCUCCCUCGGCCUCGGCACCCUCUCUUUGGGGGAGCCGUCUGGCGAUGUCCCGCCUCCUCGCUCCGCUUCUCCUCCCGCCGGUCCUCCCGCUGGUUCUCCCUCUGCUUCUCCUCCUCCUGGUUCUCGCUCUGCUUCCCCUCCUGCCGCCAGCCCUCGCCGCAGGACGCCCGCCUUUCGUCCUGACUUCGAAGGAAAAGGGGGUGAUUAUAGUGAUGAGGAUGAUAGAAUCGUGUCGGAGGGUGAAACCGAGUUAGAGGAACACUCGGAUGAUGAUAUGGUGGCGGUUAGUGUAGAGGACAACAACGUAGAUAGUCCUGAGCCCGCUCCUGCCCCUCCCCCUGCUCAAAUUACGGUCGCUGCUCCCCACCCUUCUCCCAGAGGGGAGCCUUCGCCCAAACGGGUGAAGAGAUCAAUGCGGGAAGAAGAGUACUUGUGGGAGAAGAUGAAGUCCGAGCAUGGUCGUUGGAUCGCGGUUGGUGUCGACGAAGCGUGUGAUCGUUGCCGUAGACGUGAGAUUAUCAAGUAUAAUCGUCCAAACUGGCCGUGCCUCAAGGCAGUCAGACCACACAACAAGGCCCUCCGUUGUGCUUCAUGCACGUCUGGCCCCUGCUCCUUCUGUCCCGUUUCCUAUGCCCGGGACAUCCCGCCCCGUCCCUUUGACGCUUCUCCUCUCCCCCCUCCCCAGACUCCAGCGUCUGUCCCCCGUUCGCGGGUACCGUCUUCGUCUCUCCGGUCGGUUCGCCGUACUUCGCCGGACCUCCGCCCGUCGCCUCCGUCGCCGUCGCCCUUCGCUCCUGUGGCCGGCCCAUCACGUCUCCCGGCUGUUCCUCCUUCGUCUUCUCGCCGUCCUUCGGCCUCUGCUCCUUCGGCCUCCCGUCCUUCGGCCUCUCGUCCUUCGGCGCCACGUCCGUCCUCUCCAGUGGUAGCUUCUCCUCCGGCUCACAGCACCCAAAGUCGGCGUCCUUCUGUUCCUCCGGCCUCUUCGGCGGCCCCUCCCGUCACCCCUCCCUCUGCUUCCCAGAAGACACCGAAGUCUUCUUUAAAGAAAUCAAAAGGGAAAUCUAAAGGGAAGGAGGUUGCCUUCAAUGAUGGUGAUGUGGAAAAUGAAGAUACUCAGCGUGCUGGUCCCUCUGCUCCCCGGUUGUCCCUCGUCCACCCUCGUAUCUCCCUGGACGUCCGUAUUCCUGAGGACGAAAAGGAACUCGCCACUUAUCGUUCUCUCGUCCUCGGUCUCACUACUCAGCUCGAGGCCGCCCGAAAUGAUACAUCUCUCCUGCUUGACUUCUCUUCUCGUCAAGCUAACGCUUUAAACAAUCUUACUGCGGCGUUAGUAGAUGUAGUCAACACUGGGGCUCUGGACGACGAAGCAAGGACAAGGUUAGCGGCCGUCUCUCGCCGAAGCCUUACUGAGAUAGCCGAUGUUCGCCGAAGACUGUUCGACACCCCCUUCCUAGUCACUCCUAUGGCGUAUGAGCCACCACCGUCCCUUGACUGGUUAGGUCGCCGUAGUAAUUCUCGUGUCCCAGCUUCCGCCCAGACUGCUCUCGACCUCCUCAGUCUUCCCUUCGAGUGUCUACGGACCAUACGUUCUCUGUGGAGGACCCCGAGCAUGCAAGCUGCUCGAGAUGUCCAGGACUUCGGUGACUUCUUUGGGGCUAUGAAUCGGGCAUGGAAUGCUUCUCUCUCUACUGCGUUCCCGUCUGAGACUCUCGAUCUACCUUCGGUCAUCGGUAGCCUCCACACCAAUCCCGCGGGACCGAGUAGAUCGAAGGAGAAAGGAAAAGGAAAAGGUAAGGGUAAGAGUAAGGACAAGUGA